AUGGUGCAGUACAUCCUGACGCCGUGGCGCGAUCGCCGCGAGCUGCUCAAGGUUCGCCAGCAGUUCUAUCCCGCUGCCCCAGCGUCUGCAUCAGCGGCACCAACAACAUCCACAUCCGCCGCCCGAGCUAGCGGUACGGCAGCAACAGCAGCGUCCGCGGCCGCCGCAUCCCAGGCCCUGACAAGGUCUUGGAUACGAGGAACAGCUGCACAAGCACAAGCACAAGCACCAGCACAAGCACACGCGCCAGCGCCAGCACCAGCGCCGACGCCAUCGUCAAGUUCAUCAGCACCAGCAACAAGCACCAGCACCAACAAGACGACCCCAAGCAGCGACAAGCACCAUGCCGUCGCGAGGGUGUCCAUGUGGAUGCAGCGCGGCAACUGCCCGCACAUGGUCGAGUCCACGGCCCUGCUGACGGCCGCCAUCCUCAGCGACGCCGAGAGCAAGGGCGGCGCCGGCACCUAUGCUGUUCGCGCUGCCUACGCUGCUGCCUUCAGCCGGUUCGUAACUGGGCUCUUGGACGGCCAUCAGGAUAAGCAACGCAAGCUGAGCAUGUACUCGGUGGCAAAGACUAUUGGCUUGCCGGCGACCUUUGUCGAGCUGCGGCACCAGGCGACGCACGAGACGCUGCCGUCUCUCGCGAAGCUGCGGUCCGCCGCGCGCAAAGCGCUGGUUUGGAUCUGGGAGUAUUACUGGCAGCACCUGGGGCCUAAUGAGGUCGUGAGCCAGGCCCCCGAAAGGACGGGUCCCGUGGCCGUCGCCGCCGUCUCUGCCGCCCCUGUGCGCCGCGAAGUCGUGGUCGCGUUUCUGGAGGAGCAGGACGCUGGGAGGAGGGCUGAGAUGAGGAAAUGGAUUGACGGGCUGGACGAGAGUCGGUUGCUGGCGACACUGGAGAAGAUUAUUGAGGCGCCGCCGAGCGACGCCGUCAUGCUUGCGGCUCAGCGGUUAUCAGAGGACAUUGCGCGCAAGGGACAAGCAGAUGGGCAGGGCGAGAUGGAGGAGGACGAGGCUUCCGAGAGCGCUGGCACCGGAUGGGCCAAGUUUGAGAGGACUUGGAAGCCACGACCUAUUGGCGUCGCGUAA